UAAUAUGAGGUGGAUAUAACCUAUCACUAAAUGCCACGUAUAUUUACGUGUCAUGCUUAAAAACUUAAAUUUUCCUCGAGAAAAGUAUUUCCUUUGGGAUGGAUAGUUAAUAGUAUUUUACUAUUUUAAAUUUAUUCAAUAAUAAACAGUGAAAUAUAUAUUGAAAUAUAUACUGUGACAAUAGAUGAUUAUUAAUCGUGCGAGAUGUCGAACAGUAAACAUUCCAAAUUAUUUAUUUGUGCCACCGGUAUAUUUAUAUGUUACUUUUACUUUGGCAUGUUACAAGAGAAGAUAACGAGAAGUCAAUAUGGUGAUGAAAAAAAUAAAGAAAAAUUUACGUAUAUGUUUGCUCUCGUUUUCACACAAUGUUUGGUCAAUUAUACGUUCGCCAAGAUGAUAUUAUUAACAGUUAUGAAACAGGGUGAAGAUACAACACCUACGUUAUAUUAUGCUAUUUCUUCUCUGACAUAUCUACUUGGUAUGGUUUGCAGCAAUAUGGCUUUACAAUUUGUAAACUAUCCAACUCAAGUAAUAGGAAAAGCUGGAAAACCUAUACCCGUUAUGGUACUUGGUGUAUUACUAGGCAACAAGGUAUAUCCGAUCAGAAAAUAUGCUUUUAUAUUUUUAAUCGUGAUUGGAGUUGCUUUAUUUAUGUAUAAGGAUGGAAGUAUGUCGAGUAAACAAGUGGAAGGACAAACGUGGUUUGGCGAGUUGUUACUUUUGUUAUCGUUAACAAUGGAUGGAUUAACAAGUGCAGUACAAGAACGCAUGAGAGCAGAACACAAAUCUAAAUCUGGACAUAUGAUGCUUAAUAUGAAUCAAUGGUCUGUUGUAUUUAGUGGCAUAGUAAUUCUUAUCUCUGGUGAAUUGUUUGAGUUCAUCAAAUUCUUACAACGUUAUCCUUCUACCAUUUGGCAUAUUUCAACAUUUUCUUUGGCUGGAGCAUGCGGACAAUAUUUUAUAUUUUUAACAGUUGCUGAAUUCGGUCCAUUGCCAUGUUCAAUAAUAACAACUACUAGAAAAUUUUUCACUGUUUUAGGAUCUAUAUUAAUUUUCGGUAAUAGCCUUUUACCUAGACAAUGGUUAAGUACAUUUAUAGUAUUUAUGGGUUUAUUUUUGGAUUCCAUGUAUGGCAAAGAUAAACCGAGUAGAAAAGAAACAGUCAAGUAAUCAGAAUCAGUGCAAAAAAAAAGUAAUCAUCGUUCCUUGAGUAUCUCGUUUUAUUCUAUUUUAGUUAAAUUACUUUGAUAUUGAGAAAUACCUAUCGAAUGCCUUUAAUCAAAGUACAUUUUCUAUGCCGAUGAAAUCAAUACUUUUUUAUGUAUUAGAUUCACAUAAAAUUAACUACACAGAGAAUGUAUCUGUAAAAUAUGUUUAGAAGACUUUAUUAUAAAAAUACUAUAUAUAUAUAGAAUAAUUGAAGCGUCAAUCAAGUAGGCACAAAUGCUAGAUUAUAUAAAAAUCUUCCAAAUGUAUACACUUUUUAUUUAGAUUCUAUUAUAUUUAUUUAAAAACAAAAAAUGGAAAACUAAAAAAGUUAUAAUUUGUAAUUAAAGAUAUAUCUGUUUUUCGUUGGUACGUACGUACUCUUGAAUAUUGAUAAUAAUUCUCUAUUGUUAUAUUUAUUUUAUAUACUUGGUGUUUUCUAUGCAUAAAUACUUAUUAUUUAUGUAAAAUAUUAUGCAUUUUAUAUCAGGUAUAAUUAUUUAUCUGCUCUCUGAUAUUUUCUCUCUUCCUUUGAUAUCUUCCCGACUUGGUCUCAAUUAAAAAACAGACUAAAAUACAAAAGCUAUGUAA